UGCGUGGUGAGAAAAGAAUGAGGGAAGAGGAGGAGGAGGUGCAGAAACACCCACAGCAUCGAGCAGGACCCAAGAAAAAGGAAUAAUCUGAAGUGAAAAUGACACGCUACACACUCCCAGUGGUGCUCUUGCUCAGCUUUGUGUCUCACACCUCGACAUCGAGUGAGGAACUCACGCUGAAGCCUCCUGAGCACGAUCUGUUCAACAGCUCUCUGUACGCCGCAUGCAGGAUGAAACCCAACACCCAGCUGGUGCCUGGAAUGCCCAAAGUGUACGGACAUGUCCUGUUUAAACAAAGUGGCCCGGAGGAGAACUUACAGGUGAUGUUCAAGCUCCACGGCCUGCCUGCGUCUAAAUCUCAGUCCCGAGCGAUACACAUUCAUCAGUACGGAGAUCUCAGCGAGGGCUGCACCUCCACCGGCGGCCACUACAACCCAGAAGGGGUCAACCAUCCGCUUCAUCCAGGGGAUUUCGGAAACUUUAUCACCCCCAAUGGGAAGAUUCGACGGGCUAUAGACUCCAAAGCCACUCUCUACGGCAGGUUGUCGGUUCUCGGCCGUGCUGUGGUGAUCCAUGAGAAGGAGGACGACAUGGGACGAGGAGGAGACGCAGGAAGUCUUCUGCACGGGAACGCAGGAGGACGACUGGCCUGCUGUGUGAUCGGAAUAAGCAGCUCCAAACUCUGGAAUAAAUCUAAGCAGUGAAUUAUUGUGGGGUCGAGUCUGUACAUAUGGGUGUGGCGAUAUAUCAGUAUAUUAAUCCUGUUAAUGUUGUGUUACUUUGGCGUGAACAUAUCCAAGUACGCUGUCAUCAUGGUGUCACUGGGUUGGGACGAUAUAUCGAUAUCGUGAUUAUGGAAACAUUAUAUAAGCAGAGCAGAUACAGUACAAACAGAAUAAAGAAAGAAUGAAAUAAACACAUUCAGAAAAUAAAACAAAAUUUAAAAAAUAUAUAAAUACAAAAUUAGAAGAAAAAAGAAGAAAAAAAUUACUAAUUUUAAUCUUACUACUUACCUCUUUCAUCUUUUUCUUCUGUUUCUUCUUCUUCUCCUUUAUUAUUAAUUAUUACUAUUAAUACGCAGGUGAUGACAGAAAAUCAUGCGCACUGAUUCUGAUUGGUCGAGAAAUUCAGACUAUUUCUCGAUAAUCCCCUCGAGCGACUCGGCAAAAUGGCGUCGAAGUGCUUCGUCACCGUAAGUGAGGAAGAAUUACAGAUGAUGAAAGAAAACGCUGUUCCUAAAAGCACUAAAGAUGCUCCGAAGUUUGGGCUAAAACUGUUCAAAGGGAAGGUGGGGUUGGGAUUUAUUUUAUCGAUUUCAAAACAAAGUAUUUUAUGUGACUCGGCGUAGAUCAGUGACGCGAGUCUGCGCCACAAAGUUAUUACACUUACAUGAAGAUUUUGAAGUUUGAAAUAAAUUUUUUUAACAUGAUUAUUUAAAAAUAAUCACCUGUGUAUUUAUACUAAAACAAUUAUCCACCUCAGGUGAUAUUCAGCUCACCUUCAGUGAAUAAUUGUUAAUCACUGUAUCAACAUUCACUGGAUAUGAGCAAUCGUGCGCUCUGAGUGGCUACUCUACUUCUAGGAUAUCAGCUCAUAUACAGUGAGUAGAGAAAAACAAAAUGGCAGAGCACAUCAAGUCAGAUUUAUCACUUUGUUAUCAAGUAUUUAAAAGAAACAGAAAUAGCUAAAGGAAUAUAGUGUCGUCGUCCCCAGUAGCGCCUGUUCCACAAUCCAGCCCAGUCGGUGGCAAUAUUGCACCUUUAAGUUGGUUUGCCAACCACCAAAAAACCCUAAAGAAAAACAAAAUGGCGGAGCAUGUUGCUGAACCAACUGAAGAUGAAAUAAAAACUCUACUCGAAAACAAAACCCCCAAAAAUAAAAAGCAACAAAAUAUGGAAUAAAAGCAUUUGAUGGUAAGAACAUAUCUUUUUUAUUUUUCAAUAAUAAUAAUAAUUAUUAUUAUUAUUAUUAUUACAUUUUUCACAAAUUGCUCCUGUCAUUCUGCUGGUUUGUUUACAUUCUAAGCGGAAAUGAUUUUGUCGGACGUUUUGUAUAAAGUUUUUAUUUAUGAAAUUUGCAAAAAAUAAAAAUGCUCCGUUUCUCAAAAUCCAGUGAAUGUGGAUAGAAUAAAACAUUUAUUCCACUCAAUCUCGGUGCUACGCGCCUCGUCGGCUAUCACCUCAUGUACGACUCGAUUUCAUGGAAUAACUGUUAAACAUUUGCAUUUGCAAUUUGUAUUCGUCUUCUGAACUUGCAUCUUUAUUUUUUAUAUUCCCUCACCCAAAAUGUGCUGAUCUGUGUGUGAGAGAAUGAUUGAUGUGCCUUUUCUUUUGUAAUCCAGUUGAAUUAAUCCCAUGUUCAGUGUGUGAUUCAGUGUUUAUCUGUAUUUGCGUUUUAAAGCGUUCCUUGCAUGUGACCUUGUGUUCUGUUUGGAGAGUUUGGGUAAUAAGCAAAUAAUCUAUGGUCAUGUUGAACCCGAUGAUAAGAUGGAGUUUCUGUUGGUGUACAUGCGAGAACAUCUAAUCUGUUACUGGAGUAAAGUUUACUUCAAUUCUCACUCUUACUUUAUGCCUAUUAUUUUAUUAUUUACUAAAGUUCUUCUGAUCCUGGAGUUUAACAGCCAAUAAAAUCAAAUAAAAUGUCUCA